AUGACUCAACACAACAGCCCCUGCAACGAACACAGUAGUCAAUGCAACAGCACCUCCAACUACUCCAGUAGUCAAUGCAACAGCUCCUCCAACUGCCCCAGUAGUCAAUGCAACAGCUCCUCCAACUACCACAGUAGUAAAUGCAACAGCUCCUCCAACUACCACAGUAGUCAAUGCAACAGCUCCUCCAACUACCACAGUAGUCAAUGCAACAGCACCUCCAACUACCCCAGUAGUCAAUGCAACAGCACCUCCAACUACUCCAGUAGUCAAUGCAACAGCACCUCCAACUGCCCCAGUAGUCAAUGCAACAGCUCCUCCAACUGCCCCAGUAGUCAAUGCAACAGCUCCUCCAACUGCCCCAGUAGUCAAUGCAACAGCACCUCCAACUACUCCAGUAGUCAAUGCAACAGCACCUCCAACUACUCCAGUAGUCAAUGCAACAGCUCCUCCAACUGCCCCAGUAGUCAAUGCAACAGCUCCUCCAACUGCCCCAGUAGUCAAUGCAACAGCACCUCCAACUACUCCAGUAGUCAAUGCAACAGCACCUCCAACUGCCCCAGUAGUCAAUGCAACAGCUCCUCCAACUGCCCCAGUAGUCAAUGCAACAGCUCCUCCAACUGCCCCAGUAGUCAAUGCAACAGCACCUCCAACUACUCCAGUAGUCAAUGCAACAGCACCUCCAACUACUCCAGUAGUCAAUGCAACAGCUCCUCCAACUGCCCCAGUAGUCAAUGCAACAGCACCUCCAACUGCCCCAGUAGUCAAUGCAACAGCUCCUCCAACUGCCCCAGUAGUCAAUGCAACAGCACCUCCAACUACUCCAGUAGUCAAUGCAACAGCACCUCCAACUGCCCCAGUAGUCAAUGCAACAGCUCCUCCAACUGCCCCAGUAGUCAAUGCAACAGCUCCUCCAACUGCCCCAGUAGUCAAUGCAACAGCACCUCCAACUACUCCAGUAGUCAAUGCAACAGCACCUCCAACUACUCCAGUAGUCAAUGCAACAGCACCUCCAACUACUCCAGUCAAUGCAACAGCACCUCCAACUACUCCAGUAGUCAAUGCAACAGCACCUCCAACUGCCCCAGUAGUCAAUGCAACAGCUCCUCCAACUGCCCCAGUAGUCAAUGCAACAGCUCCUCCAACUGCCCCAGUAGUCAAUGCAACAGCACCUCCAACUACUCCAGUAGUCAAUGCAACAGCACCUCCAACUACUCCAGUAGUCAAUGCAACAGCUCCUCCAACUGCCCCAGUAGUCAAUGCAACAGCUCCUCCAACUGCCCCAGUAGUCAAUGCAACAGCACCUCCAACUACUCCAGUAGUCAAUGCAACAGCUCCUCCAACUGCCCCAGUAGUCAAUGCAACAGCUCCUCCAACUGCCCCAGUAGUCAAUGCAACAGCACCUCCAACUACUCCAGUAGUCAAUGCAACAGCACCUCCAACUACUCCAGUAGUCAAUGCAACAGCUCCUCCAACUGCCCCAGUAGUCAAUGCAACAGCUCCUCCAACUGCCCCAGUAGUCAAUGCAACAGCACCUCCAACUACUCCAGUAGUCAAUGCAACAGCUCCUCCAACUGCCCCAGUAGUCAAUGCAACAGCUCCUCCAACUGCCCCAGUAGUCAAUGCAACAGCACCUCCAACUGCCCCAGUAGUCAAUGCAACAGCACCUCCAACUACUCCAGUAGUCAAUGCAACAGCACCUCCAACUACUCCAGUAGUCAAUGCAACAGCACCUCCAACUACUCCAGUAGUCAAUGCAACAGCACCUCCAACUGCCCCAGUAGUCAAUGGAACAGCUCCUCCAACUGCCCCAGUAGUCAAUGCAACAGCUCCUCCAACUGCCCCAGUAGUCAAUGCAACAGCACCUCCAACUACUCCAGUAGUCAAUGCAACAGCACCUCCAACUACUCCAGUAGUCAAUGCAACAGCUCCUCCAACUGCCCCAGUAGUCAAUGCAACAGCUCCUCCAACUGCCCCAGUAGUCAAUGCAACAGCACCUCCAACUACUCCAGUAGUCAAUGCAACAGCUCCUCCAACUGCCCCAGUAGUCAAUGCAACAGCUCCUCCAACUGCCCCAGUAGUCAAUGCAACAGCACCUCCAACUACUCCAGUAGUCAAUGCAACAGCACCUCCAACUACUCCAGUAGUCAAUGCAACAGCUCCUCCAACUGCCCCAGUAGUCAAUGCAACAGCUCCUCCAACUGCCCCAGUAGUCAAUGCAACAGCACCUCCAACUACUCCAGUAGUCAAUGCAACAGCUCCUCCAACUGCCCCAGUAGUCAAUGCAACAGCUCCUCCAACUGCCCCAGUAGUCAAUGCAACAGCACCUCCAACUGCCCCAGUAGUCAAUGCAACAGCACCUCCAACUGCCCCAGUAGUCAAUGCAACAGCACCUCCAACUACUCCAGUAGUCAAUGCAACAGCAACUCCAACUACUCCAGUAGUCAAUGCAACAGCACCUCCAACUGCCCCAGUAGUCAAUGCAACAGCACCUCCAACUACUCCAGUAGUCAAUGCAACAGCUCCUCCAACUGCCCCAGUAGUCAAUGCAACAGCUCCUUCAACUGCCCCAGUAGUCAAUGCAACAGCACCUCCAACUGCGCCAGUAGUCAAUGCAACAGCUCCUCCAACUGCCCCAGUAGUCAAUGCAACAGCUCCUCCAACUGCCCCAGUAGUCAAUGCAACAGCUCCUCCAACUGCCCCAGUAGUCAAUGCAACAGCUCCUCCAACUACCACAGUAGUAAAUGCUACUGUAGCUCCAACCGCUCCGGUAACCAAUUUGACCGAAACACCAAAUAUCCCAGUACCAACUAUCCAAGUACCAACUACCCAAGUGCCAACUACAAAGGCAGCCCCAGCAACAGAGGAGCCAUUGACCAGCCCUCAACUGUCACUGCAGUUCAGCCUGACAUCUAA